AAACAAGCUACCAAGUACCAACUCUUCAACUAACCCACACCCAUAUUCAAUAUUUUUUUCCCUUAAUUUUCUCUCUCCUCCUCUUCUACUUCGACACAACCAAAGUGAUUGUGUCCCCAUUAAACCCCAUCAAACUCCCUACUGUAAACUCACUCUCUCUAACACUGUUGGGCAGAGCUUCGUUUUCAUCGAAACCCCAUUUUCUCUCUCCUCACUUCUUACAUCUUCCCACAUUGGCUCCUAGAUUAGUAAUUGCUUUUACCGUAGCAAUUAGAUUGAAAAUGGCGGCCUCCACAGCAUCAGGGUUGCAAAUGGCUGCCGUACGGCCAUGUGUGUCGUCACCGCGCCGUGUUUUUGGUGCCGGCGCAGCAUUUUGUAAUGCUGAUUUGAGGCGAGCAUCGUGGGCUAAGCUUACUAGUGCUGGUCAUAUAUCAUCUUUACAGCCUUUACAGCGCAGUUUCUCGUCUUCCUCUUUGAAAUCCAACAACGGUGUUAUCAAGGCGAUGGCCGAAUCUAGUGACAAGCCUUUAGGAGGAUUGCCUAUUGACUUAAAAGGUAAGAGGGCAUUUAUUGCCGGUGUAGCUGAUGAUAACGGAUACGGUUGGGCAAUUGCAAAAUCUCUUGCUGCUGCUGGUGCUGAGAUUCUUGUCGGAACUUGGGUUCCUGCGCUGAAUAUCUUUGAAACAAGUCUAAGACGUGGGAAAUUUGAUGAAUCACGAGUGUUGCCUGAUGGUUCAUUGAUGGAGAUCACCAAAGUAUAUCCUCUGGAUGCAGUUUUUGACACUCUUGACGAUGUCCCCGAAGAUAUUAAAGCAAACAAGCGUUACGCAGGGUCAAGCAAUUGGACCGUGAAGGAAGUUGUGGAAACAGUAAAGCAGGAUUUCGGUAGCAUUGACAUCCUUGUGCAUUCACUUGCCAAUGGACCCGAGGUAACUAAACCUCUUUUAGAGACAUCAAGGAACGGAUACCUUGCAGCAAUAUCUGCUUCAAGUUACUCUUACGUUUCGCUGCUCAAGCAUUUUCUUCCCAUAAUGAACCCAGGUGGUUGUUCUCUGUCACUCACAUACAUCGCUUCUGAGAGGAUUAUUCCCGGUUAUGGUGGAGGUAUGAGUUCAGCGAAAGCUGCAUUAGAGAGUGACACAAAGGUAAUGGCUUUCGAAGCAGGGAGGAAACGCAGGAUUAGAGUGAACACAAUAUCAGCGGGUCCACUUCGGAGUCGUGCUGCAAAGGCUAUUGGAUUUAUCGAUAUGAUGAUAGACUACUCCAUAGCCAACGCUCCAUUGCAAAAAGAACUAUCCGCUGAGGAAGUCGGAAACACUGCUGCUUUCUUGGCAUCGCCUUUAGCAUCUGCUAUCACGGGUGCUGUUAUCUACGUAGACAACGGUCUGAACGCGAUGGGAGUAGGCGUAGAUAGUCCUAUAUUCGAGAAUCUUAACAUCCCAAAAGACGAGCUUUCAAAAUGAGAUGGUUAGCCAAACGAACCCUCGUUUUCUGUUAUGAUUUAUCGGGAUCUUCAUUCGUUAGUUUCGUGUGUUUGAGGAUGGAUAAUCGGAGUAGGAUGCUCGUUGUAUUGUACUUCAUAUUCUUGUACUUGUCUUCUUUUAGCAUUUAGAUUACGACUUCGUGUUGCACGCCGGUCGAGGUAGUUCCGAUUGUAGUAGUAUCAUCUGUUUGAGAAUUUCUGUCACAUAAACGCCGUCGUACUCGUAUUUGCUCGAUGUUACAGUUUUUAGAAAGCAAACAAGAGAUUCCAUUAAA